AUGCACCUCUUACGUCUCGACUCAGAUGGCCAGCCUCGUCUGACGCUGUGCUCCGAGCUCCAAGCACCCAAAUACGCCGUGCUCUCGCAUACGUGGGAAGAACCUAGCGGCGAAGUCACGUUCAAAGACAUGUCGGAGCACUCUGGCAAUAGCAAGCCAGGAUAUCGUAAAAUUGAAUUCUGCGGAACACAGGCACGAACAGACGGUCUCGAGUAUUUCUGGGUCGACACUUGCUGCAUCGACCGAGGAAGCAGUGAGGAGGUAUCUAAGGCCAUUAAUUCAAUGUUCCAAUGGUAUCGCAACGCAGAAAAAUGCUACGUGUACCUCGCAGAUGUUUCGACGUCAUCAGGAGCUGACCGCGAGGUGUGGGAAGAAGCAUUCCGCAAAAGCCGGUGGUUCUACAGAGGCUGGACACUGCAGGAGCUUCUAGCUCCCCAAGUCGUCGAGUUCUUCUCCCGAGAAGGUCAGAAGCUAGGAGACAAGGAGAGUUUGCUGAAUCUUCUCCACGAGGUGACGGAGAUUCCGUCUCUGGCCCUGCAGGGGCUGGGCUUGAAGCGCUACAGUGUCGAGCAAAGAUUUCAAUGGGCGGCCAAGCGCCACACAAUGGAACCAGAAGACAAAGCUUAUUCGCUGUUGGGUAUCUUCGAAGUCUCCAUCCCCCUGAUCUAUGGAGAAGGCGAGAAGCACGCAUGGGACCGGUUGCAGAAUGCCAUUGAGGAGCAGACAGAGCGCGAGAGGCGAGGCAAGCUUACCACAUCAUCCCCAUAUUGA